GCGGGAACGCGAGGCGGGAAAAGACGAAAUGGAGCGCCCCGGAGUGGACGUGCCUCCCGUGGACCAGGAGCCCCAGGCGGUUGUGGAGAGCGGGGAGCAUCAGCUGAACGAGAACCACGUGGACGAGGUCAGCACGGCGGGGGUCAGUGCCAAUUACCAGCUGUCAGGACCCUUCUCCUCUCUGGACUCCAGCAUUGAAAUCCUGAAGAAGAAAGCCCAGGACCUGAUUGAAAGCAUCAAUGAGAGCAGACAGAAGGACCAUGCACUUAUGACCAACUUCAGGGACAGCCUCAAGAUGAAGGUCUCAGAUCUGACAGAGAAGCUGGAGGAGAGGAUGUACCAGGUGUACAGCCAACACAGCAAGAUCAUUCAGGAAAGACUCCAAGAAUUCACCCAGAAGAUGGCAAAGAUCAGCCAUCUGGAAAUGGAGCUCAAACAAAUCUGCCAUACUGUGGAAACUGUAUACAAGGACUUAUGUGUCCAGUCUGAGGUAAGAAUUUAG